AUGCUGCAAUCAUCUACUAAACGAGUAGAUCAUGAAUCUCAGGUUCCAAAUGGUACUCAUCCUGUUGAUGGAACUACAACUGAUACUUCACAACAUUCAAUCAAACGUAAUAGUUAUUUAGAAAAUCAUCAUCCAAAAGAAAGUCAUCAUAAUCAACAACUACUUAGAAACUUUAAGUUGAUAUCAGUUAAUUUCAAAGAAGCUGCAUUAGAUAGUCCUAGUUUUAGAGCAUCAGUUAAUCAUUAUGAUUUACAAUUACAAAACAUUGAACAAUGGUUAGUAGCAUUAAAUUUAUCAAUAAAGAAAAUUCCAAGACAUGUCAGAGAGUUACAAUCAUUUUGUAAUUCAUUUCUAGAACAUUUAGUACCUACAUUUAUACAAGAUGGUUUAAUAGAUCAAGAAUAUACUGUUCAAUCAUUACAAAUUACAUUGAGAGGUUUAAAAAAUAUGUGGAGUAAAAGUUUUGCUGCAUUGAGUGUUAAUACUGGAUUAAUUAACAAGAUAAAUACAUUUAAAAAGACAUUACAUAAAUAUAAAGAAUUAAGAAGAUCGUUUGAAGUUAAUCAAAAGAAAUAUGAUAAAUAUUUGGCUAUAUUUGUAUCCACGUCAAAAUCUAAAGAUCCAUUAAUGGUUAUGGAGGAUGCAAAACAGUUAUUCCAUGUCAGAAAAGAUUAUAUACAUUCAUCAUUAGAUGUAAUUGUUGAACUUCAAAUUAUAAGUAUAGAAUUAGAUAAAUUAUUACUUGAUAUUAUAUCAAACUUAUGGAAAGACAAAUUAUCUGAAUUCAUGACUGAUGAAAUGUUACGCGAUCAAUUUGAAAAAGUGGAAAGAAUACAAUGCUGGCAUGAUUCAUAUUCUCAAGCUACUAUGAAAUUAAGUGGAAAUAUGAUAUCAGCUAGAAAACAAGUGGAAGAUGGAUGUUUAUUACAAUUUCAACCAUCAAUGAAUGCAAAUGAUUAUAAACUGACAUUAUUGAAUAAUAAAGUGCUAUAUGAUAUUGAAGAAAAUAGUGUUGAAAAACAUAGCUAUUUAUUUAUGAAAACAUAUAUUGAAAAAUCAUCAAAACCAGUCUGGGUCAAACGAUGGUGUUUUAUAAAGAAUGGUGUAUUUGGUAUGCUAGUUUUAAGUCCUUCACAAACAUUUGUACAAGAAAGUGAUAAAAUUGGAGUAUUAUUAUGUAAUGUUAGGUAUUCGCCAAAUGAAGAUAGAAGAUUUUGUUUUGAAAUAAGAACAAGUGAACUUACUUUAACUUGUCAAGCUGAAUCCUUGAUAGAGUUAAAAUCUUGGCUCAAAGUAUUUGAAAAUGAAAAGCAAAGAGGUAGUAAAGAGGAUAUAAAUCUAAGUUCAAAUGUUUAUCCACCUAUAAUUCUUGAAUGUGCAUCUUCAGUCAACACAGUAACUGAUAAACAAUUAUCAAAUACAAGAAUAACCACCAAAUAUAAUACUACUAUACUAUCAAGUUCAUUAUCAAAUCAUAUUGAAAAAUAUGGAAGUUUUUUUGAAAAAUAUAUUUAUUUCCAAAUACCAAGAAUUCAUCCACCACUUACAACAGAUACUACCAAAAGUUCAAUCAUAGCUUAUUCAUUAGUAUCUCCAACACCUAUACCCACUGCUUUAACUGCUAAUAUAUGGGGAUCAGUUAAUUGGGGAUUAUAUUAUUUAUUAAAUACAGAAGAUGAACAUCCAGUACAGCCAGAUCUUACAAUGGUCAAAUUUCAAGAAGAACAUUUAGGAAAUGGUAUUCAAUAUCCAUCAUUUUAUCCUAAUGAUUUAGUUAAUCUUGAUAUUCAAAUGAGGUCACUUUUUGAAACAUCAAUUCCUAAAGGAGAAUAUUUAGUCAUGUCUUAUGGUUGUAUUUGGUCACCUAAUUCAAAACAAGAAUUAAGUGGAAGAUGUUUUAUGACAUCUCAUCAUUUAUAUUUUUACAUGCAAGCAUUGGGAUUUGUAGCAUUGUAUAAAGGUACUAUUGGUCAAUUAUUAUCAGUUGAACAUACUUCACAAAAGAAUUUUGAUCUUUUAAAAGUUUACAAUGUUGAUGGGGUUAUUAAACUUAAAUUGUUUCAAGAUGAUGGUCUUUUAGUUAGUCGAAAAUUAUUAUUUUUAAUCAAUAAUUUCUCAAGGGAUAACCCGUUGGAAUUAAAAGGGAUUGUAGCUGAAUUUUCCGCUAUUGAAGCUGAAGUACAUGCAGAAAAGGAAGAUCAAAAAUUAGUCAAGAAAAUUAAAGAAAUGCAUAAACAACUUUCAAAUAAAAAAUUGAUAACAGAAUCAUACUUUAGUCAUACAUCACUUGAACCAAUACUUAAUAAUGAAACUAAAGAUUACAAAGUAAAUUUCAGUGAUCAAUACAACUAUAUUGGAGAAAAAGUUUAUCCAAUACCUCCAAAAGCUAUAUUCCAUGCAUUAUUAGGUGACCAUUCAAUCAUCUUUAAAGAUCAAACAAUAUUUGCAGAUGUGAGUUUUAUAAGAAAACCUUGGAGAACAGUAAAUGGAAAUUUAGAAAGAGAAAUAAAUAUACCCACUAGGAAAAAUUCAAAUAUUCUAAUCAAACAAGUUAUUGACAAUAUGCAAGAUAAUACGUAUUAUACAUUUACACAUUUAAAAUCCAAAUUUCAAUUUUUCAUUGGUCCACCAUUCACUAUUGUUUAUAAAAUUGUCAUUAUUGGAUAUUCUGGAAAAAAGUCCAAAAUUUAUUUUUACCUGGGAAUUCAAUUUGAUUAUAAAUCAAUAUGGAAUCCAAUCAUUACUUCAGUAUGUAGUAGAAUUGAUAAUAAUCAAGUUGGUAAAAUUAAUAGAAAAUUAAAAACUGCUGUUCAAGAAAUUGGCAAUCAUGGACCUAUUGUAAAAUCAAUCUAUUUAUAUGGUAAAUUAAGUCAUACAAAUGAACCUGAAAAAGUUGAAUCUACAAAUAUUAUUAAGGUUAAUUUAUUUUAUGCUACCGAAUUAUUAAUAAAGAAAACCUUGAGAUUAGUUUGGAAAUUUUCAUCAUUUGUUCUAAUAACCUUAAUCAAAUUUUUUUUAAUAUUUUGCAAAGGUAUUAAAAUGAAUCAAGUAUUGGUGCUUAUGGUUGUUAUAUUAUCACUUCUGAAUUUGUUCCUCAUUGGUAGAUCAACCAAAACUUACUGGACCGUAAAAAGGGCUAAUAAAUUAGCUUAUGAUUAUGUGACUAAAGAGCCACUCAUGUUACAAAGAUCAAUUUAUUUACAAGAUGUACAAGAUUUAGUUGAUAGAAAUAUAACUUUGAAUAAUGUUGGUAAACCAUUUGAAUUAUUUAAAGAAAAAUCAUUUAUUUUCAAUUUUAAACAAGAUACUAUAUGGGCUGAUUAUUUUAAUAGUGAUACAAGACAUAUAGCUCAAUCAUUGAAAGACUCAUUCCAAGAAAUUGGUAAUAAAAGACAUUCAUUAUUGGUACAGCUAAAUAUACUCAAGAAUAUGGAAAAAGAUAUUACUGAAGCUGAAUGGGUAAAUUGGUUAUUAAGUGAGACUCAAAGAUGUGAUCAUUUAAGACAAAGUAUAUUACCACAAUUAAGAAUUCAUGACGAUUACAUUAAUGGUACAAAUAAUGUCAUUAGCUAUUGUAAUGAAUGUAAAGAAGCCUUAAAGGGGCUUUUAUAA